GGGGAGGCGGGGCUGUGGCCCAGGCGGCAGCAUGCCGGGUCCCUGGAUAGGGGCCAUGGACAACAGUGGGUUCAUGGCCUCUCGGGACUGGGAGGUUGGAGACCUCUUUGAGUGUCGCAUGUACGACAGCAGCCGUGAGGAACAGAAAAUGGCCAUCUGGAGGGCCACAGCCAUUGGAGAACGUUCACAUGGAAGGUGGAUGAGAGGAGUCCUGGAGGUUGUGGAGGACGAACACCUCAAAUGGUGGCUGACACAUGGCCCAGGGUCUAAGUGUAACAGGACGUUUGAGAUCCACAUCUGCAAUGGGGCUGUGCGCUCAUGCAGGGCGCAUGAUGGAAAGGAUCCGUUGGCCUUCCACACAGACUACCUGAGAAUGUUGGAAGUCCGUGACAUCGAGCUGAGACGGGCGGCAUGGUGGCAAGUUGGUGUUGCCAAGACUGACUUUGAAGCCUUUCGCAAGAGGCUGCUAGGUGAGGCCCGUGGCAAGGCAAUCCUGGAGAAGCAGGCCGAGGAGGAUGUCUUUGAUUUGGAGGCCUCCCCUGGUGCUGGGGGUGAGGGUCCUGGCUCCAUUCCACCUGCGGGUGAGGCUGGUGGUGCGCUUGGCCGACAGCUGGCUGCGCUGAAAAAGGAUGUGGACAAGGAGCCUCAGAAGAAGAAGCACAAAAAGCGAGAGGAGAAAGGCAAGGACAAAGACAAGGCAAGAGGUGCAGAUGCUCCGGAACGGGAGAAACGCAAAAGGCCGAGGUCGAACUCACCGGCUGGUGGCGCUUCGGGGUCAUUGGUGAAAAAGGGGCCGCUGUGGUUUGGCAAGGCGAGGGCCCCGAAAGAAAGGGCCAGUUCAGAUGCAGGAUCAGACCGCUCCAGGGGACGUGGACGUCGGAGGCACUCGCGCUCACCGUCCUCGAGAAGUCGCAGCCGGCGGCGGAGAAGGAGAUCGAGGAAGGAAAGAGACAGGGGUCCCUAUGGCAUUGGGCGUGAGAUGGCAUUUGACAGGGGCGAGUCAGGCCCAUCUGCUAGCGAAUCGGCAGAAGAGGGUUUUCAACGGGGGGUCUCGGACAGGAGAAGCCACCAGCUGAAGCUAGUGGAAUACUCCCAGAAGAGGCCAGGUCGUCUGGCCAGCAAGCUCUUAGUAAAGAUGCAAGAGCUUCUGGCCCGCGACACCGGGACCCCCAUCAACCUCCUUGCCUCAGAGAACAUGACACCAGCAACCGCAACCGGGUACUUGCUGACAGUGCUCAUACCCACGCACAAAGACAAGUUGGGAGUGCGCUUGUUGCGCGAGAUGAGAACCGUGGCCAUGGCGCUCGACUACGUGGCGACCGGCCGUCAGGAAGCGGCAGCAGAUCUGCUAGCUCAAAGAAUGAAGGCGCUCGAACUUCAACUGGUGGACGGCGGGUGGCAAAGAGCGCAAUAUUUGGAGCUCAUCCAACCCGAAGGCGCAAGCCUCGCCGAGCAAGAAGAGCAGAGGAUGGCAGCCAGGGAGCAGGCAACAGAAGCGAAACUGAGGCUUCAAGUGCAGCCCAAGGCUCCCUGGAACCCAGAACCGAAGGGAAAAGGCCAAGAUGUGGUUGGAAGCUCACUGCGAGCGCGUCUGCCUCGUCAGAUAGGGUGUCCGCUGAGCAUGACAGAGUGGCAAAAGGAGUGCUGUGAUUUUUUCAAGGAAAGGAAGUCCUACGCAGACUUGGGACACCACUUGUUGGAUUUUGUGAAGAAGCUGGACUCACCGUUGGGGCACUUUGUUAGGUCGUUUCGUGAUCCAGCACAGCCGACUCCGGCCGCCGAGGCCACCUUUGAUCGAAAGGGGGAUUUGUUGCCCAUCCAUCCGUCGGUGGUGCGCCCUGGUCAACACGGGGUGACACAACAAAACCUGGAGUGGGUCCAGCUCUCCUUGUCCCUGAUCAACUUCAACUAUUGCACUGGGUGGUCAAAGCCGAUCUGUGUACCUAUGGACACCAGGCUUUCGGCCAACCAGUGCGCUGCGGUACAAGAGGUCGCCAGAACGGUUGAUGACAACAUCCUGGACGCCGACAUUUUGCCUACCCUGUCUGAAGCAAAAGCAGCUCUUCAGAGCAAGAGGUAUGACUACAGCGGGAACGCCGUGGAGUACAUGCAAGAGCUGGAGGCGGAUAGGGUGUUCCCCACCUGGCCUAGACAGGGUGAAGCAGGCAUCAGGUGCAUCACAGAAUUUCUGACUGGGGAAGUUCAAGAGGCCAUGCAAGACCCGAAACAGUGGAUCCUGCCCGAGGACAAGCAGCCGGUGGCGUCAAAGCGCUCCCUGGUGCGCGCCAGUGAUCGGGAGUGGCUGAAAAUCUGCACUGAAGGCUACCGACGGGGAAUGAUGUGCAUGGUCGACGACAAGGACGUCCCGCGGGACAGGUCAGGCCACCUUGUGGUUAAUGGCGCCGGGGGUGUCAAGAAAACCAAGAUGGUGAACGGGCAGGAGAAGGUCCUUCAGAGGUUUAUUUCGGUCCUCAUCCCCACCAACGAGCACAUGCUUGAGCUCCCAGGGGCACAAGACACUCUGCCCUACGUGGGGAUGUUGACAGCACUCCACCUGGGGCCUGAUGAAGAGCUUUACAUGGAAUCGGAAGAUUUCUCCAGUGCCUUCAAUUUGUUCAGUGUGCCUGACGCUUGGUGCCCAUUCUUUGCCUACUCGAAGAAGGUGGAUGGGGCAGCUUUUGGAAAGCCCGAGUUAGGAAAAGUCAGGCCAGCACUCCGAGUGAUUCCGAUGGGUUGGAAAUCCGCCGUGACUUUGGUUCAAGCAGCAGUGCGGCACAUUGUGUUUGAUCUCACGGGAGUGCCAAGAGCAACCUCUAUUGAGAAGGGUCAUCCAAUCCCUGAAGGAAAGCACUACACGGUGGUGUACCUGGACAAUUUUGAUGAGAUUCGGGUUUAUCAGAAGCUGACAGCUGAGCUGGAGUCAAGCACGGCGAGCCCGACCGAUACUCACCAGAAGUUCAACGAGGUGUGUGAUGGCCUUGGAUUACCGCGUAAUGGCUCAAAGCAGCUCAUUGGGGCUCUGGCAGGAGGAAUUCAAGGCGGUGAAUUUGACGGAGUUCGAGGCACCAUCAAGGUGGGGCGUGACAAGCUGAAGAACUUCUUGGCGAUUAGCAUGGCCCUGCUGAGUGCCCCCACGGUGACAGAAUUCCAAAUCAGGCACUGGAUUGGAAAGGCGGCGUUCAUCGCCACGUUCAGGAGACCUUUGUUCUCAAUCCUGCAGGAGGUCUUUGAGCUGCUGGAGAGGUGUCGUGGGAAGGCACAGGUUCUGCCGCCAUCGGUCGUUGACGAGAUCUUCUGUUUCACUGGCCUGGCGGUGCAUGCUCAAAGUGAACUCCGGGCACAAGUCUCGCCGGAGAUCUCCUGUACGGAUGCCUCACCCACGGGGGGUGGCAGUGCUGUGGCGGUGAAGUUCAAGACAAAGAGCCUUGUCGUGCCUGAGGAGGUUGAGGAACGAGCGCAAUGUGGGUGCUGCGGCACAGGGUUCACUGGAAUGGAGGACGAGAGGUAUCCAUUGUCAAAGGCUUGCGGGCUGGCGGGGAUUGCGAUCCAGAGACCAAUGGACAAAUUAGUACCUGGUGACCCGUGGGACAUCCUCACAAGUGAGGGAAAGGAACGCUUGGCUGCGGCCGAAAGCGACCCCAGUCUCAAGGCGGAGCACUGGGCACCUGAGUGCCGCACUUUCUCUCGGGCAAGGGGAAGAUGGAUACAACUUCCUGACGGGAACUGGAUCCAGGGACCACGGCAGGUCCGAAGCCCUGAAGAGCCAUGGGGAUUUCAAGAGCUCACCAGGGGCGACUCGGUGGCUGUACGCCAAGGCAACCUGUUCAUGAGGAAGGCGCUGAGGGCGUUGGUGAGGCGGCAUCUCGCAGGGGGGCUGGCUUCGCUGGAGCACCCCUACAACAGCUAUGUUUGGGACACUGAAGAAGUUGACGAGAUGCUGCAGUCUGGAGGGUGGUUUGUGACUUGUUACAGUCACUGCUGUUUUGGUGGCGAUCGCAUCAAGUGGACACAGCUCUUCCACAACUCACCCUUCCUUCAUCGUGCGCUGCACAAACCUGAUUGCCCUGGGCACUCUGACCUGCGGGGUUACCGGGUGACCUGGGGCAGCGAUGGUCAGUUGAGCUUUGACACGGCGCUGGAGUCCGAGUACCCCUGGGGCUUCUGUACCGCUUAUGCCGGUGCAAUGGCUGCUCAUCUCCGGUCGAUCACGCCGGAACCGGUGGGUGAUUACCCGAGGACGCUUGAAUCUCUCCUCUAUACCCAGGUUCGUGGUGCGACCAGAGGGCUGCAGGAUGAGCAGUAUGUCAUCAGGGUCGUCGCCGCGGUGUGCCACACUCUCAACAAGAUGACAGAGGGUGCGGAGGCUGACCAUCUCCGGUGGCUUCUCAGGCAAGUGGGUCUUCGAGGAACCGAUGUGCGCAUCAGCAUCCCGGACCAGCAGAUCACAAGAGAAGAGGUCUACCCGUACCCGGCCUUCCGGUGGCUUUGGAAAACGGUGCUGAGCUACAAGUGGGCCGCAGAGCAGCAUAUCAACGUGCUGGAGGUCACCGCAGUGCUGACCGAGUUUCGGCGUCGGCUGAGGAGCGUCGACAAUAUGAACACCAGGUUCCUGAAUGUGGUGGAUAGCCUGGUGACCUACUUUGCAUUGACCAAGGGCAGGUCGGGAAGCAAAAGGAUGAACAGAACCUUGCGGCGUGUGAUGGCAUUGAACCUGGCAAGCAAAUCGGUGUUGGUCUCCUUAUGGACGCUGAGCAAAUGGAACUACGCCGAUGUGGAAAUCCACAAAUUCUUCCAAUUUCUUUCCUCUGAGGAGGAGGACCUGCCCACUGAUGCAUCGAUGGCUUUUGAGUGGCAUGAAGAGAUUUUUGCCUCGCCUUCGCUACCAGCUGCCGACAGCCCGGCAGUAUUAUGGCUGAGAGACCAUGUUCCUUUGCGUGCCACUCCAAUGCCGUGGCUGGUGGUAAAGGCUUUUGCGGCGGUAGCGUGGCAGAACCAUCACUAUGACUUGGCCCUCCUGCUUCUCUUGUCCUAUGUUUUCUUUCUGCGUACUACAGAGUUCUUGACCUUGCCAGUUGAAAAUAUCGUGGUGGACAGCCGCUCAAAUCAAAUUGUGGUCACUUUGGAGAAGACAAAAACUUCCAAGCAAUUUCAGCAAUCAUUGGUGCUGCGGCACAGGGGUCUGGCCAAAAUUGUGGCAAAAGCCCUUACUCGGCUUCCUCUGGAGGGCCCAAUCUGGCGGUUUCCACCACGGGUUUUUCGUGAAAGUUUCACCCUUUUGGUCAAUCAUUUUCACCUUCAGGAGCAUGCUUUUUCUCUUUACAGCUUGCGCCGCGGUGGUGCUACUCACACCUAUGCAUGCUCCCGUGACCUUCACUAUGUUGCCUUACAGGGCCGCUGGCGGGACCUCCGCACUGCCAGCUUUACCGCUGCGGCGGAGGCAUCUUCUGCCUGCGGGCAAGUUAG